AUGGCAAAGCCAGAGCCAAACACCAAAGAAUACAAACUCUUAAUAGGCGAUGAAGACGAAGUCGUCAACAUCACCAACAUCAAUGACAGUUUUCCAGAGAAAAGAACCUCACCGAUAAUAACCAAAAGCAUCAAAAAACCCGGACUCUUGACGAUACUAGCAAACACGGGCGCUCUGCCCAUACUGAGUUAUUGUGGCGCGAGCAUCUUGAUGACCGUGACGAACAAAUAUGUGUUGUCUGGGUAUGAUUUUAACAUGAAUUUUUUGUUGUUGACUAUUCAGUCGAUUGUAUGCGUUGCCCUUCUUCACGGAUUCAAAGCCUUCAAAUUGAUAAAUUUCCGAGAAAUUGAAUCACAUAUUUCGAAAAAAUGGCUUCCCAUUGUCGUUCUUUUGAUUGCAAUGAUUUAUACCGGAAGCAAAAGUUUACAAUAUCUGUCAAUACCGGUAUACACAAUCUUCAAAAAUCUAACGAUUAUUUUAAUUGCGUAUGGGGAAAUGCUGUGGUUUGGAGGAUCGGUUACUCGACUCAUGAUUACGAGUUUUUUAUUAAUGAUUCUCUCUUCAAUUAUCGCCGCAUGGGCAGACAUAAGUUACGCGUUAGAAACAGCGACAUCCCAAGUCUCGACAAUAAACAUCGGAUACUUUUGGAUGGGCACAAACUGUCUGGCGACCGCUUCAUUCACACUAACAAUGCGGAAACGAAUCACGUUGACGGGAUUCAAAGAUUUCGAUACGGUCUAUUAUAAUAAUUUGUUGUCGAUACCGCUGUUGGUUGUGAUGAGUUUCUUACUUGAAGAUUGGAGUGCAGAAAAUUUACAACACAACUUCCCCCCGGAAAUUCGAAAUCCACUUAUAAUAGCGAUGCUUUUUUCGGGAGUCUCAGCAUUCGGUAUCUCAUACUCAUCAGCAUGGUGUAUUCGAGUGACCAGCAGUACAACCUACAGUAUGGUUGGUGCAUUAAAUAAAUUACCAAUCGCUAUUAGUGGCAUGAUAUUUUUCGGGGAUCCGAUCACUUUUGGAAACGUGUCUGCUGUGUGUGUUGGUUUUAUCGCUGGUAUUGUGUAUACUGUGGCAAAAUCCGAUCAGAAAAAGGGCGGCGCAUCGCGACAUCAAACUGGUUAUUUGCCAAUGUCGGCGAGUAGUCAUAGCAUGCGUGAGGCAAAUCUUGCACAAAAGAGUGGGAAAGAGGAAGCGCCUUAA